AUGUAUAAAUUGGUAGUUUACGCAGAUCAGAUAUCAUUGGUGAACAGUUGUGAUACCACGGUUUUAGGGACUACUCAUGUUCACGCCAAUUUUCCUUCCCACAUGUUCAGGGGAAUCUAUCGUCUUCCAAGGAGUGCAGAUCAUCCGCCUGACACAACAGCCGAUAGGUUCACCAGUGCGGAAUGCCACACAGCUUCAACUGAACUCGGUCUUCGACGGCGUCAAACCCGAUUCUGCAACCAUCCCCGUUUUGGCUACGCAAUGUUGGCUGUACUCCGUGCAGCCCAUGCUGUUGGUUAUCAUUGUCCAAAGGCUUUUGCUGAUCGACGUUGGAAUUGCACAUCGAUACACCGAUUGCCCGAUGUCUCACCUGAACUGAAACGAGGAACUCGCGAGCAAGCGCUUGUACACGCCUUCUCUAGUGCAGCUUUACUAUUCGAAAUUGGUCGAUACUGUGCACUAAACAAAAUCCGAUCAUGUUCUUGCGGAGAUGAAAAUAAUGCCUAUCCAGUCAUCGAUUACCCUUCGGAACCAGGUUGGUUUCUUCACACCGUCUCACCCAUGUUAAUUCCAGGUGCUUUAAUUUACGAGGGAGGAUCUGAAGACAGUGGUCAGUCUGCUGCUGGAGCCGUUAACGGGCAAUCUGUCUCAAUGACUGAUGGACAACCCACAGUCAGUCGGUUUUACUGGGCUGGUUGUUCCGACAACCUUCAGGUUGCCAGGGAAUACGCAUCAGCGUUUCUCGGUUUUCCAAACAUCCGAGUGGUGGAUUUGCCUCCAGCUGAAACACCCAGCGGAAGGAGUGAAUCAACUGAAGAUAGGAUUAAACGAGUUCGAAGAUCCUUCGAAACUCUGGAUUUUGAAGAUGCCGAUGGUGACGGCGAGGAGGAGGAGGAAGAGGAGGGUACAAUGGCUUCGGAAGAUUCUCUAACUCCGUCACAAAUAGGGACUCAUCAUGCCAUACGUAUGCGAAGGCAUUUACCUUAUGAAUGGCAAUAUCCGUAUGCAGAUGAGAGCACUUCGCAACAGUCAACUCCCACAAAUGAGCACCAGCAGUAUCGAACCUACCUUUAUCGACCACCGGUCCGUCAGCCCAAUAUGCCGCCAAGUCCGAUGAGCUACCUAAAUGGAAGAUGGCCUCGACGACUGAAACAGCGUGGUCGACGCGCAAGGUCACAAAUCAUUCGCAUUAUGGAUCGACACAACUAUCUGACAGGCGUUGUGCUCAUGGAAGCCAAUCACAGAUUGAACUGCAAGUGUCACGGUGUGAGCGGGAGCUGCGCACAGCGCGUCUGCUUCCGACAGUUGCGUCGCAUUGAUGACGCACUCAUGGAAGCCAAUCACAGAUUGAACUGCAAGUGUCACGGUGUGAGCGGGAGCUGCGCACAGCGCGUCUGCUUCCGACAGUUGCGUCGCAUUGAUGACGCAGUCAUGCAGAAAGCUUUGAAGGCUCGUUAUCUGGCUGCAAAGCAUGUUUCUGUGGGUCCAAACAAACAACUGAUUGCGAAAACACUCACUGCAUCAGGAUUUGUGGACGAAGUUGUCAAGGCCUCGGAGCUCGUGUUCAGUGAACACUCUCCGGACUAUUGCAAUAAAGAACCGCAUAGGGGAUCUGUUGGCACACAUGGUCGUCUUUGUACACUGCAAGAUGCCGGAACCGCUAACUGCCUAAAUAUGUGCUGUGGACGUGGAUACAAGAAUGUCACGACACUGGAGAUCGCCGAUUGUAACUGUCGUAUGGGUGAAGGAUUCAAGGUCAAAUGUGACGAGUGUCGAAGGGAGAAAGUCACACAAAGAUGUCUUUGAGAUGUGGUUCACUGAAGAAUUCCUAGUCAUUAAUACCACGCCGUUACCUCACGCGUGCAAUAUCAAAGUUGUAUCCAAACACCGGAUCUCAAAUUUUGAAUGUACAAUGGUUUAUGGUUUAUUUCGCCCAAUCGAUGAUUUAUUCAAGAGUACCCAGCAUCGAAUCAUCAUAUUCCAUGGAAGGAUUAGACGACCAUCUGUACGCAGAUGUACCAGUACGUCCCCGUACAGAACUGUACAUACACAACUUUUAGUCAUUAUUUCGGAUUCUGCAGAGCCAAGCACCUCACCUUCUUUGUUGAAAGCAUGCGUCCAGGAUGAUAUUCUUGAAUUUUCAAUUUGAUAAUAAGAAACCAAGUAUGUACCCAUGUAAACAACCUCUUCACUUGUU